GCUUGCUGGAAAAAUAAGAGUACCAACAUGAUUUCCAAAAGGAUUUUAGUUAUAAAGCAUGUUAAUAAUGGACAACUAAAUUAGUAUUGGUAUUUUUCAUAGAGUGUGGAAUAAUUUAGCAUGUUUUGUGCUUUAUGUGUCAGUUUAUUUGUUAUUUAGCCACAUUCUUUAAAUGCUGCUUUGUGAAUUUAUUCUGUUUUUUUUAGGAGGACAUUUGAAGGAAGAAAUAUGUUAUUUGUAAAUCUUAGAAAAUGUUAACGUUUCAUACAAAUGUUAAUUUCUUGUACAUAUUUGACCUUUCCCUGUUUUGAGCUUGUCUUGUCUUGCCCAGAGCAGGGUGUUUUUUCACCUGCUAUUUCCUGUAAGAGCAAGUUUAUCUGCUUUGAGUUUCGGGGUAUAAACUGCAACUGCAACAGAAACAGCACAGACAUCACCAUGAGCACUUGUCCUAACUUGGAUUCGAUAUUUCUGGAAAACUGUAAUAACCAACAAACUUAUGGAGAAGAAACAUCUGUUGACAUAAAUGAGAGAUAAAAUAAAAGACUGUGGCUCAGGAUCAGCACAGAUGGAGUUAAGGCAGGUCAAAGAUGAUUUUCUUGCAUUUUUGAAAACACUGGGACUUGAACAGUAUUACCCAAACAAGCUGACUCUGAGGUCUUUGUUGGAGAUCAACAAAGCCAGUGAAUCUGAUGAAGAGGUUCACUCACUGCAAGCAAUAACAUUGGCUUUCCUACGCAAGUUACUGAUGGUUAAUUCAAAUUCAAGAUCUUUAAUAUGUGUACCUGGUGAAAAUAAUGAUACAGAUGACUUGUUUGCUGAGCAGAGCUGUGACGCUACCCCAAAUCUUCUAGAUCUCCACACUGCCCUCUUUGUCUGUGCAGACAGUUUCCUUCAGCAAGAAAUAGCACUUAAAAUGUCAAUGUGCCAGUUUGCAGUACCCUUUCUGUUGCCUCAAGGAGUACAUAAUCAAAGCACUCUUAUGUUAUGGGCUCUUAGAGGUAUCCUGAAAGAAUGGCAUCCCCAUUCAAUGUCAGAAUCUAAAGGGUUUGUUGAAGACAGUGUUGUUCAUGCAAAAAUUCCCUUAAUAUCGUUUGUGAGGCUAAGCAACUGCAGCUUGUCCAAGUCACAGAUUUUGAACCAAGUGCUCAACAAUUCACAGCAGCACCAUGACUUCUUUUCUCAUCGAGAAAUGAUUGGAGGAUCUGCUCGAAGGGUAAUCAGUAACGGGAUGGUUGAAAUAUGCUGGAAUCUGCCAUGUGGGAGAAAGAACAUUGAUGUCUUUCCUGAGGCAGUGGCUAUUGCUAAUUUAAGAGGAGAUGCUUGCACUUUUGAAACACAAUUCCGUUUCCUUACUCAGGUGUCCACGGCUGUCUUUGUGUUCCUGGACAGUGUUGAAAAAAACGAGCAAAGUCUGAUCGCCUCUUUACGAGGAAUGAAGUCCAAAAGCUUUCUUGUGGUCAACUCUCAGGAAAAUAUGAGUGAGAAAAUGAAGUCAUCAAUUAAAGUAGCAGUUGAUACUCUGCAAAUGGAAAGAGAUCACAUCAUUCUGAAAAGCCAAAACAUGAAUUUGGCUACUUUCUCAAAGACGAUCAGUUCUGCCAUUAAAAAAGUGCUAUGUAGGCAUCAUCAAUCAUGUGAAAUAGAGGCUAUGAAGGGAAUUGCUCAAGAAUUACAUAUGGGCAUUGAUGAACAUGAAAAUAGAGCCUGUGAAUCAGCAGAGGAAACAGCAGAGAAAAUCAUGAAAAGUAUUGGAGUUCGUCAAAUAGUGGAAUAUAAAAAGACACGGCUGCCACUACAAGGUGAAAACUGGAAAAGAUUGGCUCAGAUAGAAAAAGAGCAAUGCCGAUUACAACAUGCAGGGGACGUGAGUUUGGAGGUGUAUAAGGUUCGACUUCAAAAAGAAAAAGAUGAAAUAUUGAAGAAACAAAGCCAGUAUAAGAUGACAGAAACAAUGGACAUUUUAAUAAAGGCAUUGUCAAACUCUGAUAACACUGAGCGAGACUUCUUCCUCAGAUGGCUGGGACUAAAGCUGGACAUGCGAUCACGCAAACACAUGUCAAACCUUCGACACAAAUACAAAGAGUGUGAACAAAAGAAAGACAAACAUAGCAUAGCCCAAUUAGACCAGGAACUUCUUGAUUGUUCUCUUGGAAUAGAGCACUACAUGAGAGAAAUGGGACAAAUCUAUGAGGUUGCUUCAUUUGGUUCAAAUAAAAUGUCUGACAGAAUAAGCAGUCUCCCUACUCUGGCUGCCAAAUUGCUUCUAGCUGGGUUUCCUCUUGAAUUCCUUGAUGGAGAUGCAUCAAAUAUCCCAGAGAAAUGGGUGAGUGAUGUUCUCAUGGAGCUUCACAGGAUGGUUGGCCAGAAGAGCCGUUUGCUGGUUAUUACUGUGUUAGGGGUUCAGAGUACGGGUAAAUCAACACUACUCAACACUAUGUUUGGAGUUCAGUUUGCAGUGAGCAGUGGACGAUGCACACGAGGAGCAUUCAUGAUUUUCCUUCCUGUAGGUAAAGACUCGAAGGAGGAGUUACUUUGUGACUUUGUCCUUCUGAUUGAUACAGAGGGUUUGAAAUCACCAGCACUGGCACAACUGGAAGACAGUUAUGAACAUGACAAUGAGUUGGCCACAUUUGUGAUUGGUCUGAGUGAUGUAACCAUCAUCAAUAUAGCAAUGGAGAAUUCCACAGAGAUGAAGGACGUCUUACAGAUAGCAGUUCAUGCUUUUUUACGGAUGAAGGAAAUUGGUAAAAAAACGGUUUGUCAUUUUGUUCACCAAAAUGUUGGUGGUGUAUCUGCAUAUGACAAAACCAUGCUAGACCGAAAAAAGCUCCUGGACCAAUUAAAUGAGAUGACAGUGAUUGCAGCUGAAAUGGAAAAGCAGCCUAAUGUGAAGAAAUUCACUGAUGUCCUUGAUUAUGAUGUGGAAAAGAAUAACUGGUAUAUACCAGGCCUAUGGCAUGGCACACCACCAAUGGCACCAGUUAAUACAGGCUACAGUGAGGCUGUGUUUGAUUUUAAGCAAAACCUCUUGGAGAUGCUUAAAGCAAGAAAAGAUGAACAAGCCUCUCAGAUCCCAGAGUUCCUGCAGUGGAUGAGUAGCUUGUGGAAGGCAGUGAAAUUCGAAAACUUUGUCUUCAGUUUCAGGAACACUCUUGUGGCCCGUGCCUAUGACAACCUUUGCAUAGAGUUUUCUGAAUGGCAAUGGUCUUUCAGAAGACAUAUCCUUGCUUUGUUUCCUAGUGCAGAAGCUCAAAUAUCGAACGCUGAAACCAGUUCAAUUCAUGAACUUGCUGGAGCACUGAAGGAAAAUUUACAUAAAGAGAUUGCAGUUCAAAACAAAGCAAUGACUGAAAAACUGAAAGACUUUUACAAAAGGAAAGACCGUUAUGUGCAUUUGGUGGAAAAGUACAAAGCUGAUUUUGCUAAUAGCAUUAAAUCUUUACAGACUGAAAUGACAGAUGAAGUGCGAAAGAAAUUAGAAGCUGCUCUUGAGAAGAGAAGAAACACGGAAAAAGUAGAAGAUAUACAAAAUAAGCAAUCUGUUAUAUUUGAGCACCAAGUCCUUCAGUUACUGCAGAGCUGCAAAGGUCGUGAAGAUGAUGCAUCUGAGGAAGAUCUCAAAGCAGAUUUUGAGAACAUGUGGAGACAAGAGGUGGGAAACAUCACUGGUCUUACAGAAAAAGAUGUUCCUCAUGAUGUUUUUAUGAUGCUACGUUCAAGUUUAGGAAAUCGUAAAGUCACAGAAUAUUUGCAGAAAAUUGGAGAUUUGACACAACAUGGGAAAGAAGAGUUCAAGGCCAAGAAGGAACAUGUGAAAUUGGGAAAAUUAAAAGGUUUAGUAUAUGCACAUCGUAGUACAAAGAAGGAUUUACAGAUUAUUGCAGUUGAUGCAAUUAACAAUUGCACUAGGAUGAUUGAACAGUUCACACAAUCUAAAAAUGAUUACCAAGCUACAUUUGCAAAAGAUGUGCUUGAUGAAAUUGAUGCACACCUCAAAAAAGCAGGCUCCAAAUUCACUACCAAAUUUGAAUUUGACCUGAAAUUACACAUUUGUGGCAUUGCUUCUCGGAAAUUCCUUGAGAUGCACAGAAAGUAUCUGGCUGAGCAAGACCCAUUAAAACAUGCAGAGAAAUUCAAGAGUAAGUAUCUCUCUGAUUUUAUUGAUUUGUACAAAACGAGGGAUCAGCGCCAAAGGAAAGCACAAGAAUUCACUCAGCUCUGUCUCAAACCAGCAGUGACUGAGUACAUCGACCAUGGUAUCGGACCUGACAUAGUUGAUGCAGUUUUGGAGCGUAAAUCUACUGAGUAUAGUUCACGAGCACUGUUUCAGUACACCAUCCUGAAGGAACUACUGGAAAAAUCCAACUUCACUGACUUUGUAGAGUAUAUUUUGCAUUAUGAGAAUUAUGUCAAAGACUGGAUAUACAAUCACAUCAUUGAAUGCUUCUCCAAAGACAUAUCUUUGCAAGAAUUGAAAAUAAAGAAGCUGGACAGUGUAAUUAAAAUGAUAACUAAAGCUAUGGACGCAUCUAAGCUUGAACCCAAUGGGUCUCCUUUGCCCAAUAAUGCAGAAGGUACCACAAUUCUGAUCCAAAACCUUUGCAAAGCUUUGAGCAAUGCCAUCUCAAUAUCCAUGAGCACAGUGGAGAGGGUCCUGUUUCAGAACACAAGUUGUUGUGAACCAUUCACCAAAAGUCUCUAUGAAUGCAUUGAUGACCUGAAACAGCAAAUAGCAAAGGAGAUCUCCGAGUCAACUGAUACCACUGCGACCCUGAACAAUGUGCAAGUAAAACCCCAAGAUGAGCUUUUCAAGAGGGUGUUUGGUUGUGGAGCACAGUGUCCCUUUUGCAAAACACCAUGUGAGGCAGGUGGGAAGGAACAUAAGCUACACCAUGCAGCUGUGCACAGACCACAAGGACUUGGCAUGUACACACACAUAAAGACUGAUAUCCUUUUUGAAGAGAUUUGUACAUCUAGUGUUCAUGGCAAUGGGACAUUUGACAACCAUGAAACAAAUUUCCAACCUCAUCCAUACAAAGACUACCGGAAAUUCUACCCAGACUGGCUUAUUGCACCUGACAUGUUUAUAGAGGCCUCAGAUUACUGGAAGUAUGUGCUGGUGACAUUCAAUACGCAAUUUGCUGAAAGGUAUAAAGCAUUGCCAGCUGUAUAUCCAGAUGCGUGGAAGACAAUCACUAAGGAUCAGGCUUUUAUCAGUCUGAAGCACAUGUUUAAUAUUCAAUAAUGGAUGACCUGCAAAAUAUUACUGCAGAAAUAUUGCCAUUUGUGAAGUGGACAACUCCAUCACUCACAGUUCCAUCACUAAUGUUAUCACUCAGGUGAAUCAGGAACUGGAGCACUAGUUAUGUCUGACAAUUUAGCCAUCUUCUUACUUACGUUUAUGUAAAUAUAGAAUCAAUGGGAUUGAAACAUUUUGAUGACUGUAUUAUGUCUGUGUCUGCAAUAUUAAUUCAAACAUUACAAUUAUGUUAUAAAUGCUACAAUUCUGUUUAUUAACUACUUUCCAAAAUUCAAAUGAACGCAUUAUUCAGAAAAUAUUGUAUGAAAGUAUGAGUAUAUUCAUAUUCAGAGAACUAACUGCAUAAACAAUGCAUAGCUUAACUACAUCAAUCUGUCAAUCAAAAUUGGUUGCAAAGGCAAAUGUUAUUGAAGUGUCAUUUACAAAUAAACUAAUCAUUUCUCAUAUUCAUUAAAUGAACCACUAUUGUCAUCAUACAUACAUUUAUACAUAUACAUAUGUACAUGUAUAUACAGUAUAACUAAACAGUUUAGCUAGCCUCAGUUGUAAACAUAUAACAAGUGUUAAUGCAAAUAACAUGAGACAAGACAAAAGAGAUUAUGUGGGUAGAAGCAUUCGACAGGGUACUUUACAAAAAGAUUUCAUCAGAUGAGUUCUCCAUACAUAAUACAUUACAAAGGCAUUUAGCAAGUAUAAUGUCUUCGGUUGGCAUGCCAAUCUCAGUCUUUUCAUCUGUUUGCGUUUAUAUUCCAUGUAUUCAAAUAACAGCACAGCCUGUAAUGUUUUAUUCCUUACAUAAUGCAUUGAAACAUAUACAUUUGUUUGGUCAUACGAAUCCUAAAUCACGUCUAAGCACGAGUGAGUAAUUCAUUACUUUUAUCAGCAUACCUUUGAUCAGCAACUGAAGAGACAUUACUGUCAAAUGUUGGCUUAUUGUUCUUAUUUUCAUAUUUGUGCUGAAAGUUUUGUAAAUAAAAUGUAACUGUUGCACAAAAGGAACUGCUUUGACUUGAAGGUUUAUCAAAAUUCAUCUCCAUUAAGUAUGCAUCAAUUUUAUUUAUGUGCUUAGAGGAAUUGAGGAUAAAAGAUAAAAGGCAAGGAUAGACAGAUGCUUCCUAUGCAGAAGUUUUGUUCGAAUUCUGAACUAUUACAAGAUAAAGCUAAUACAAAGUAAUAAUUAUGGUUUAUAAUAAGUAAGGACACACAAAACACACAACUUUUGUGUAUAACAGGGUUUGUUCUGUUGACAGUACGUAUGUCUGUAUGUGUUUUAGGAAUGAAUGCCUUAAUUGUUUAUUGUGGACUGGGUUAAGGUUGAAUGACUGAAGGCCAAAUGUUAUCACAGACAGUACCGCCACCUUCCUUACCUCUCACACAGGUUCAAGGUGUGUUUGUUGUUUGUAAAUUCAAAAAUUUCUUGGUAAUUUUCAGAAAGUGCAAAAGUAAAUAAAUAAAUAAAGUUUUACUCAGGUUUCACUCAGUUGUUCAUGGCUCUUUGGAGGAACACCUGAAGUUCCUUUGUACAAUCAUACAGGUAAGGCUUUAUUCUUAGUAGAAAUCUUGAAUAAAUCUAGAACAUUAACU